AUGUCCUCCACCAACACCCCCGCCGCACACACCUCCAAAGCCACCUCCUCCCACCCUUCGCGAGACAAGCCAGACCCGACUCUCGAAAGCAAUGCCUCCCAGGGAGGAUUCGCCGCCACCCGUCCCUCCGCCGCCGCCGAACUCGCCAGUCUUAAGAUAAAGCUCCAGUCGUCGCUGCGCCAGUUUCCCGACUUCCCCGAGCCGGGCAUUCUCUUCGAAGACAUCCUGCCCAUCUUUGCGAACCCAGAGCUGCAUGAAGGCCUCCUGCGGGCGCUGGAGCUGGCCGUCGAGAAGAGCGGGUGGGGCAAGCCAGACGUUGUCGUAGGCCUGGAUGCCAGGGGCUUCUUGUUUGGCCCGUCGCUGGCCCUGAGGCUGGGCGCGAGUUUUGUGCCCGUCAGGAAGAGGGGCAAGCUGCCGGGCCCUUGUGAGACGGCCGAGUUCCAGAAGGAGUACGGCAGUGAUUUCUUCCAGAUGCAGGCCGAUGCCGUCAAGCAAGGGCAGAAGGUGCUUGUCGUGGACGACAUCAUCGCGACUGGCGGAUCUGCAGCUGCAGCCGGAUCGCUGGUAACAAAGCUCGGCGGCACAGUUGCGGGCUACGUUUUCAUACUCGAGCUCGACUUCCUCAAAGGAAGGGAUAAGCUCGAUGCGCCCGUGUACACGCUGCUGACGGGCCAGGAGGAGAAGCUCGAGCAGUAA